AUGGCAGGUACCAAGGAGAUUCCUUCCCCCCAGGCCAAUAUGGAGGCGCCCUCCCUUUCAGACUCGCCCUCGGGACCUGGGCCUACGUCUCAAGGGAAAGAUAAAGGCAAGCGGCUUUCCUCGACAAGCAAGUUUAUACAAAACAUAUUCUGCCGGCUCAUCCCCUCUUAUUCUCCCAACCCCAAACCCUCUCCCACCUCUUCCACGACGCCAUCACCAACGGAUACCACAACGGCAACAUCGCAACAUCCGACUCAACCAGUUCAGCAACCACAAUUGCCACUGAUAUCGGAAAAUUCAGAGAUGGCAGCAGUUUCCGUUCGAUCCAGCGAGCCCGCUGUUCCCUUGGUCCCUAUUGACUGUGUUCCUUCUCCAGCGGCCUCGGAAAACAACAACAACAACAACAACAACAACGCCGCCGCCGCCGCCGACGACGACGACAACGACAGCAACAAGGAGAACCAGCACAAAGCUUCCGCCUCUGCGGUAGUUGCUCCGUUCGCAGCUCUGGGCCGGGUGAGCGUCGAGUCCACAUGUCGAUCACGACCAUCGGCCUCUAUUCCACUAACAACUCUGACGCCGCUGAGCGAGAGACCUUUGCACCAAGCCUUCAUGGACCAAGCCUUAGACAUGGCUCGCCUCGCUCUGAAAACCAACGAAACGCCAGUAGGCUGUGUUCUCGUCUAUGACGGAUCUGUCAUCGCGAGAGGCAUGAAUGCCACUAACGUAACUCGGAAUGGUACCCGACAUGCCGAGUUCAUGGCCCUGUCCGCCUUGCUGUCCUACCGACCCAACAAUAGUGAAGAGGUCGUCGAUGCUCAGCUUCGCCAGCAAGCCAGCGAACGGUCUAAGCUUGAUAUGCCAGACGAUGAGGCGGACUUCUUCCCCAUGGACGACGAGUACGUCAGAAAGGGUCAUCUGUACCCCUACGGACAAAAACUCCACCGUGCCCCACGAGUUGAACGCUCCAUUUUGAGAGAGUGUGUUCUUUACGUUACGGUCGAACCUUGCGUCAUGUGCGCUGGUCUUCUUCGACAACUCGGCAUCAAGAAGGUCUACUUUGGCGCCGUCAACGACAAAUUUGGCGGCACCGGUGGUGUUUUUAGCAUCCAUAAGAACUCAACGGACACUCGCCAAGACCCCAAUCCCGUCACUGUUCUCAGGCCCCUUCAGACUUCCACCAACGCCUGCAACCUGCCUCGGCCGGCCAGCUCGGCAUCCGGCAAGGGUGUGUUGAGCAACGGUCGACCAACGAGCCAGGGAGGUGACGGCGGUAAUGUCGAGCCGGGCUUCGAGGCAGAAGGUGGCUGGGGUCGGGAUGAAGCUGUCAAUCUUCUUCGACGUUUCUAUGUGCAGGAGAAUGGCCGAGCACCGGUGCCGCGGAAGAAGGAGGGCCGCGCUGCUAGACUUGCCGCCAUGGAGCAGGCUGGAAGUGACGCCGGGACGCCGGUGGCCCCUCAGUCUUCAGACGGCGACGAUGAGGGCAACGCUUGA